AUGCUGCCAGCAACUUUCAAACUGUGUGCCGGGAUCUCCUACAGGCAUCUGCGCAACAUGACCGGCUUGAGAAGGCAGGCGGCUGUUGCCAUCAGCCAGGAACUGAAUAAACUCGCCUUUGCUGGCCCUGGUCCCAGUAAAUGGAUCAACCAAGUUCGCAGGAGGAGCUCCUUACUCAGCUCCAGGUUGGAGGAGAAGCCCUUCAGUGAAGUGGAGAUGUCCUAUGUUAAACAGGGAGAGGAAGCCCUCCAGAAAUCGCUCAGCAUCCUCGGGGACCAGGAUGGCUGGAAAACGGAGACCAUAGCGGGGAAUGGGGACAAAGUGCUGAGCAAGAUGCUCCCAGACGUUGGGAAGGUAUUCCGGCUGGAGGUGGUUGUGGACCAGCCCUUGAACUCUGUGUAUGAUGAGUUGGUGGAAAGAAUGGAGCAGAUGGGAGACUGGAAUCCAAGCAUCAAGGAAAUCAAGAUUCUCCAGAAGAUUGGGAAAGACACCGUGAUCACCCAUGAGACUGCUGCGGCCACGCCUGGCAAUGUGGUGGGGCCACGGGACUUUGUCAGCGUGCGGUGUUCUAGAAGACGGGGCUCUACAUGUGUCCUGGCAGGGAUGGCCACAAGCUACGGAGCGAUGCCAGAACAGAAGGGAUUUAUAAGAGCUGAGAACGGUCCCACCUGUAUGGUUCUCCGUCCACUGGCUGAAAAUCCUUCACAGACCAAGUUAACCUGGCUACUCAGCAUUGACCUAAAGGGCUGGCUGCCUAAGACGAUAAUCAACCAAGUACUCUCCCAGACCCAGGUAGACUUUGCCAACCACCUCCGCAAGCGUUUGGCUACCACAGCCACUCCAAUUGCUGUCAGCUGCUGA